CGAACCGGCCUGUGCUCCGGGGCGCGGGGCCCCCCCGCUCCGGGCUGCCGGGGAAGCGGCGCCCGGCCCGGAAGUGACGGCAGAGCGGCUGGCGGUGACGCAGGUUUCCCGCGGUUCGGGCGCCCGGGAGCCGAGCGGUGCCCGCUCGCCCGUCCUCACCGCCCGCCCCGCCGUUACCGCCCGCCCCGCCGUUACCGCCCGCCCCGCCGUUACCGCCGCCCGCGCUGGCGCUGCCCCGGCGGGGCCCCCCGGCAGCCCGCGCGCAGGGCCGCCAUGCCGCCCAAGCCCCCCCGCAGGGCGGGCGCCGCCAGGAGCCAGCGCGCCAGCCCCGACGGCGGCUCCGCGCCCCCGCCCGCCGCCCCCCGGGCUGAAAUUGGCGGCGCGGACUUUGUUGCCCUCUGCGAUGCUCUCAAAGUGUCGGAGCGCGUGCGGGAGAGAGCGUGGAAGACCUACGAGAGCCUGUCGGCUGCGGAUGGAGCUCCAGCUUAUGACAAAAAGAAAAAGGAAACAUGGGGAGUCUGUAUCUUUAUUGUAGCUAUUGAUCUGGAUGACAUGACAUUCACUUUCACAGAGCUUCUGAAAAGUAUAAACAUAAGUGUAUGUGCAUUUUUUCAGUUUCUGAAAGAGGUGGAUGUUAACAUGGAUACUGUAAGCACUAAAGUUGAUAGCACUGUAUCAAGGCUGAAAAAGAAAUAUGAUGUAUUACUUGCACUAUACCACAAGUUUGAAAGGACUUGUGGCCUUAUUUAUCUGGAACAACCCAGUAGUGAGAUUUCUGCUGAACUCAGUUCUGUAUUAGUCUUAAAAAAUUACUGGAUUACUUUUUUGCUGGCAAAAGGUAAAGUGUUGCAAGUGGAAGAUGACCUGGUGAUUUCUUUCCAUUUGUUGCUGUGUGUCUUAGAUUAUUUUAUCAAAUUGUCACCUCCUGCUAUGCUCAAGGAACCAUACAAAUCUGCUGUGACUGCAGUGACUGUUAAUGGUUCAGCUCGAACUCCAAGAAGAGGUCAGAACAGGAAUACACGUACUGCAAAGCAAAUUGAUACUGAUACAAAAGUUAUUGAAGUCCUUUGUAAAGAGCAUGGUUGUAAUUUAGAUGAGGUCAAAAAUGUAUAUUUCACAAGCUUUAUUCCCUUCUUGAAUUCUAUUGGUAUUGGAACUUCUAAUGGGCUACUAGAGGUUGAAGUUCUCUCAAAACAGUAUGAUGAGCUGUAUCUCAACAGCAAAGAUAUAGAUGCAAGAUUAUUUCUGGAUCAUGAUGAAACUCUACAGCCUGAUGUUAUAGCAUGCUCACAGUUGGAGAGGACACCACUAAAAAACAAUCCAGAUGAGGAACCUAAUCUUACACUUCCACAGACUCCUGUUCGAGCUGCAAUGAAUAACAUUCAGCAAUUGAUUAUGAUUUUAAAUUCAGCAACUGAUAAACCGUCAGAUACUCUCAUCGUAUAUUUCAAUAACUGCACAGUAAACCCUACGGAUAGUAUUCUGAAAAGAGUGGAAAGUUUUCACCACAUCUUCAAAAAGAAAUUCGCUGAAGCAGUUGGACAGGGAUGCGCUGAAAUUGGCUCACAGCGAUACAAGCUUGGAGUACGUCUGUAUUACAGAGUAAUGGAGUCUAUGCUCAAGUCGGAGGAAGAGCGCCUCUCAGUGCAGAAUUUCAGCACACUUCUGAAUGAUAACAUCUUCCAUACGUCUCUUCUGGCAUGUGCUGUUGAGGUUGUCAUGGCUACGUAUGUCAGAAAUGCUUCACAGAGUGAUGGUACCAGUGCUGAAACAAACUUGUCUUUCCCAUGGAUUCUCAACGUAUUUGAUUUAAAAGCUUUUGACUUCUACAAGGUGAUUGAAAGCUUUAUUAAAGCAGAACCAAGCCUAACAAGGGAAAUGAUAAGGCAUCUGCAAUGCUGUGAACAUCAAAUUAUGGAGUCUCUUGCUUGGCAAUCUGGGUCACCUCUGUUUGAUCUUAUCAAGCUGUCGAAGGAGCGAGAAGGUCAGACCGAUCAGCCUGAGCCCACUCCCACCCUCAAUCUGCCUCUCCAGCACAACCACACUGCAGCAGACCUGUAUCUUUCUCCUGUGAGAUCUCCUAAGAAGAAAGCAUCUGGCCCUUCGCCAAGUGCUACUUCCACUCCAGAUGCUCAGCCAACACAGACUCCCCCAACACAGAAACCACAGAAAUCUACCUCCCUCUCUCUGUUCUACAAAAAAGUGUACCUACUGGCCUAUCUUCGACUCCGUACCCUCUUCUUUCGGCUUCUCUCUGAUCAUCCUGACUUGGAACCCUUGAUCUGGACCCUCCUCCAGCACACACUGCAAAAUGAGUAUGAACUUAUGAGAGACAGGCACUUGGACCAGAUCAUGAUGUGUUGCAUGUAUGGCAUAUGCAAAGUAAAGAAUGUAGAUCUCAGAUUUAAAACAAUAGUUUCGGCAUACAAGGAGCUUCCCAACACAAAUCAAGAGACUUUCAAACGUGUUCUUAUCAGGGAAGAGCAGUAUGACUCCAUUAUAGUCUUCUACAACUUAGUGUUUAUGCAGAAGCUGAAAACAAACAUUUUGCAGUAUGCCUCCAACAGGCCUCCCACUCUGUCCCCCAUCCCACACAUUCCUCGCAGCCCGUACCAGUUUUCCAACUCUCCUCGGCGUGUCCCUGCUGGCAACAACAUCUACAUCUCACCCUUGAAGAGCCCAUACAAGUUCUCAGAUGGGUUUCAGUCACCCACAAAGAUGACUCCAAGGUCCAGAAUUUUGGUGUCGAUUGGCGAAUCAUUUGGGACUUCUGAAAAGUUUCAAAAAAUCAACCAGAUGGUGUGCAGCAGUGACUGCCAGCUGAAGCGCAGCGCAGAGGGAAGUGCUGCUCCCAAGCCGCUCAAGAGGCUGCGCUUCGACAUAGAAGGGCAAGACGAAGCAGAUGGAAGCAAACACCUACCCCAGGAGUCCAAGUUCCAGCGAAAGCUUGCAGAGAUGACAUCUACUCGAACAAGAAUGCAAAAGCAGAAGCUGAAUGAUGGAAAUGAUACCUCAGCCAGUGAAGAAAAGUGAGAUUCUUCUCAGGACCAGGGGCUGCCCAGCAGGCCCUCUUAGUUUGUUUUUGUUUUGCAGCCUUCAUUAACUGAGUUGCUUCUUUAGUUGCUUUUUAUUCUGAACUGCUAGUUGAAAGCAUUUGGACUUUUAAAAAUUUUUACACUUUUUUUUGUUGUACUUUGCCUUAUGAUAUAGCAUAUAUACCAUGUAAGCCACUGAAUUUAAUUUAUAUAUCUUUUUUGAGGAUUUUAAAAACAGUCUUGCAGUCUUGGAAGGCAUCUUAGUUCCCUGUCAUGACCUUACUGAUCUAAGCCAAUUCAGUCUACUUGGAUUGAAUUUUUCUGUCUAAAGACAAAAUGUUAGCUAGAAUGAUUUGAAAUGCACUAAUUUUGUUUCUUACAUUUCAUUUUUAGAUUUUCAUUACUGGCAAAUUUUUAUAGGUGAGAGGCCAGAUACUGCAAAGAUUUUUCUCUCUGUAUAUAAUUAGCACAACAAAUUCCCAUUAAAUGAAACUGCACAGCAGUUACUGACCUUGCAGGGCCUCACAUCAGAAGUACAACCUGAAUUCAAAGAGAACUCAUUAUGUAGCCAUACUACUGAAACCAAGACUUCAUGUUUUGUAGUUCUCCUUCCUCAGCUUUUGCCCCAGUCUCAUUUCAGAGGGCAGUGACACUGUUCAUCAGUUUGAAUUUCAUGGAGGAUGAAUCUCAAAGAAGUUCCUUCUAGAAUCCCUCAGAGAAUCUUCCCAGAAGCUGAAGCUUCUUCCCAUAUGCAGAAUACUUGAUGUGCACUUUCUUCUCUUGGAAAUUCUCAGUUAUUAUAAAAAAAACCAACAACAACAAAACCAAAACCUCCAAAUAUAAAUCCCACCUAGUACACAUAAGAUUUCAAAAUUCUAAUGAUGUAGAAUUUUCUUGAUUUCUUCAGAUUUUCACCGAGCUGCAGCCAAACAGCUUGAAAAACAGGCACCAAACCUCUUUCCUAGCUGAAAGCCAAGUGUCUCUCUCCAAUUGGGUUCCAGGCAGGAGGCAGCCUGGUCUCUAAAAGCACAGGGCAUCACCCGCUGGCCUUACUGCAGCAUCUGCACAAAAGCCGAACUUGAUGGGCCCACCUUGGGAAAAUGAGUCUGCCUUAUUUGACCAAAAAGGCAGAGCUUAACAGGCAACUUGAAAACUGUUAAAACUAGCAAAAAAAGAAUACCCAAAACUCUGUUCAGCUUUCGUGUUUGUAAGUUAGUGAUUCAGGUACUGGAAUGUUGCUUUUAAUGAUAAAGGAUUUGCAAAAUUGCCAGUUAUGGAAAGCACGUUUUACUUCCAGAGAAUUAAAAUGUAGGUAAAUAAAUGAAAUCCUGCUUUAAAAUGACCCGUUUUAAUGAAAUUUAGCUUUCACAGCUACUUAAAUUAAAAGUGAUAGUGGAAAAGCAUGCUGUUCUGUACACAAACAUUUUAAAGCAACAUCUUCUCUGGGUAUCUUAUUUAGAAAUUGUUUAGCUGAACCUCAGGUACCUACACUAGUACAUUUUAAAGAUCAAUUCUUGUGUUGAAUGGAAGUUAAUCCUACUAAAAGCUCUACAAGCAGCACACUGAUUUGUCAGCGGAUUUUAAAAUAAAAUUGAGGUAUUUUUUUAGUCUCAAUAUGGCUUUAACUUUCUUCCUGAAAAAUGUACAGAAGUGUCCUUAUGUUUCUUUUCUCACUUUUUGCAGUUUUACAGACAGAAUGUAUGUUACCAUUGGGGUGCACUGACCGUAAGUUCUGUUACAGCUGUUGAAGUUUUUCCAUGACCCUUUGGCCUUUGGGGUGACAUUAGAGAGUCCAGUACCUAAACAGAUGUAUUAUGUCUUUUCUGUGACAGUGUAUUUUUUUGUUCAAACAGGCUGAAGGCUUUACAUCAAAUGUAUGAUAAUAUUUUAUACAACUCAUCAGUUUCUCUCCUUUCCAGAUAAAUAAAACAGCUUUUAAAAGA